CUUCCUGAACAGUAAUCUGGCUGUGAGUUGCAGAUAGAUUCUCAUUGUUUGCCAUUUCCAGUUUCCAGUAAUGGGAACGAUUACUUGAUGUAGCCAGUUUCUGUUGAAGACCUGGGAAAAAUUACAAGUUUUAAUGGCAAAAUUUUAUCUAUUUUCAUAAAACAACAGGAAAAAAACCCCCAUAGCCUGUUUUUGGUACCUGGAGGCAUCACUUCUGAUGAUGAAUAUUGUUUGUUUUUGGAAUUAAGUGUCUGUUCUUCAGGAACGAGAUGUAUCUUGCUCUUCUGGUGAUUUUCUUGCAGUGUUCAGAACUUUACACUGAGGACAGAGUUUUUACUUUCAACACAGUUGAAAUCAAGGUUCAGCCAUCUGUCAAAGUACAGAAUGGAGCUCCUGUGUCAAUUAUCUGCCAUGCUGAUAUUAGCAAAAGUACUGAUUUCCAGAUGAAGCAUAACUUUACAAUUUUUAAGGAUGGCAAGCUUGUGUUCAUGACCGUGUCAGACAGAGGAGAUGCACAAUAUGACAUACCUAUGGCUAGAUCUUCAGAUACAGGAGACUACGAAUGUACCGUGGAAGCAGGUGGAAAGACAAAGUCUAGUAGCUCCGUACAUGUUUGGGUAACAGGAAUGACCAAGCCAAUCCUGACUGCUGAGAAAAAAGAAGUUUUAGAGGGUGAAGUUGUGAAAUUACGCUGUGAGCUGCCAGAAGAAGUACCUCCUUUGCAUUUCAUUUUUCGGAAGAUAAAGAUGAAUUCCACACCGAAGGAGAAACCUGUGUUCGAAGCAUACAGGAAUUAUUCUGUAGUGGAAUUUUCUGUUGAAGAGGGAGAUAAUAUUUUGCAAUUUGAUUGCUUUGCUAAGAGAAAUGUAAAACUCGAAUUUGACAGCUCAGAAUACAGCAACAAAACACUUGUUACUGUCAGGGAACCUUUUAUAAAGCCUACUCUGAAAGCCAAGCCCUUGAGUAAUAUUACAGAAGGAGACAGGAUACAGUUGGAAUGCUCAACUGUGGUAGCCCGAAUGCGUGACAUUGAAAUCAUACUCCAGAAAAACAAAACCAUACUGAGCAGUGUGCGGGAUGAGAAACUCUUGAAGUACUCUACAGUAGCUACUCUAGAGGACAGUGGUGAAUACCUGUGUAAAGUGGAGCAAGGGAGAGCAUCUAAAAGCACGAAACUGAAUAUUGUUGUGUCAGAGUUAUUCCCCAAGCCAAUAUUGGCUGCUUCUAUGAACAAUCUGGAUGAAAACAAAGAAUUAACCUUGAGCUGCAGCGUUAACGGUUUCCGGAGAGCCAACUUCUCCAUCCUAAGGAAAAAUCCACAUGGAGACACCUUGCUGAGAAAUUCUAGAAACUUCACAAUGAGAGCUAGUGUCAGUGAUACUGGAUCCUAUACCUGUAAAGCUGAAGUAAAAGGAAUAGUCAAGGAGAGCAAACCUGUAAGGAUAAAUGUUUAUGCUCCAGUCUCCAAGCCAACUCUUUCUGUUGUCAGUGGUUUACCAGAGGUGGUGCUGGGGAAGCCUCUACAGUUGAUCUGCCGCUCAGCCAUGGGAACGCCACCAAUAACAUUCACAUUCUACAAAGGAAAUGAAGUUAAGAAAAUAGUGACUAAUGACACAUAUGCUACGUUCCUGGAUGAAAAUAUUAAACACAAUGACAAAAGAGGGUACAGAUGUGAUGCUAGAAAUAAUCACUCUAGUAGUAUGAAAACUAGCAACGUCCUAAACGUCACAGUCAUAGUACCAAUCAGGAAUGCUAGCUUGGGCAGUAUUCCGAAUGGACAAGUGGAAGAUGGCAGUGAGGUUGCUUUUCUCUGCUCUGUGAAUGAAGGAUCUUGGCCAAUCCGCUUCAGGCUUUACAGAAAAGCCAAUCAGGAAGAUCUUAUCUCUGAAAAAAAUGAAAGUGCAGACAGGGUUGUGUGGCACAAGGAUGGGAUGAGCAGGCAGGACACGGGGAGUUAUUACUGUGUGGCUUCUAAUCGAGCUAACGUGGAUGUGAAAAGCCGCCCAAUAACCAUCAACGUCAUCUUAGCGACUUGGCAGAAAGGAGUCAUUGCUGCAUUUGUGCUAAUACCCAUGGCAGGAGCUGUAGCUCUGGCUUUGUGGUGGUUUUUGUUUAAGAAGAAAAAAGCUAAAGGACCAUCCAUGGAGAUGUCUGGUCCUCCCUUGGCUCCAAAUUUGACAACUGACAAACUGUCAAGGCAGCACAACGAUGGAGACUACUAUUCAGGAUCAGGUUACAUUGAAGACAAUGAAAACCACAUGAAAUCAACAGAUGAGAGUAAAGGACCUGACCUUGAGAGUGCUGAGGUGGAGUACACUGAAGUUGAAGUAUCAACGCUCGAUCCUCACAGAGCUCCUGUACUGAAGGGGACUGAAACAGUUUAUAGUGAAAUCAGAAAAGCUAAUAAUGAUUCUGUGGAAAACAGGCAUUCUAAGAAUAAAUAUCUUCAAUGAGCUGUUACUCUGCUCUGAAGAGAUCUGAGAGAGAAUACAAGGGCAUCCUGAUGCUACAUAGAGCAGUCACCUCAAAGAUCAGCUGGGAGAAGAAAACAAGCCAAGAUCAAGAUGGAAGAUGUGACUGUUUCAAAAGCUCUGCAGCACUUAUUUAUGAGUUUGCCAGGCUCUUCUUUUCCAAGUUUAUUUCCUUAGGUGCAAGGCUGGAGAAGUUCCUAAGGCAUUUGAUGGAAAAGGAUUACAAAUAAAAAUUCUCAUAGGAAAGUGGCUCUAGAAACCACUGACCUGAGUUCCCAUUGUUAGUUUUUGCUGCAAGUGCAGUUUUGCUUCUCUAGCCUCCAAUUCAUCUUGCUCUGAGGAAAUAAACUGGGAAGCUACAGCUGAGGAAGUAGAUCUCUACAGUGUGGUAACUACUGUGACACCAGGAGGAUGCAGAACUAUCUAAGCUUGCUUUAAACUAGCUAACUUGGUUAUCAGUAACACUGUGCUGUGGCAGAACAGAGCUCAGCACAGCUUGGCCAGCCAUGGAUGUACUUUGACUUCAUCUUGCAGCUUGUGCUGAACUCCCUGUGCUGCAGGAGCCAGACUGCUACCAGUCUUGGAGGCAGGUAAUUUCUAGCUCACUUGGAUGCUACAGAGCAGUGAGGGCUGAAGGGAAGAGCGAGCUCUGGGCUCUCUCAAAACUUGAAUAACUGUUCAGUACUUUACCAAGUGCUUCUGUCAGUAGAGGCACAAAUAUUCUCUAUCCUUUGCUAAAUUCCAUUUCCCCUUUAAAAGUUCUGAUGCUUGUUGGUUAGUUUGGUGUGAUGGUUCUUCAAGGAAUGAUGGCCCAUCACAGUUAUUUCGGAGGAUGCAAAACUUAGGUCUUGAGUGGGUGGAUAUACUACACCCAGCUCAGUGAGUUUGUACCUGAAAAUCUUGUUAUGUAUAAUCCUUAUUCCUUUGGUUUUAGGAGAGGUCUGAAGUCAUACUUGUGUCCAGUUUGUCCUGUAUGGAACUCUACACCUAUCUUUUUUCUCUGUAGUAUGAUAAGCCACUAAAACAGAUCCAGUCUUGUCCUGGAUCUAAUCUUUGCAGCCCAUGUUUGUCCAGUUGCAUUAGUUUAAUAAAAGAACACAAGACCAAUCAGAAAAACUACUGUCCCCAGCCCCUUAACCAGCUGGUGUUGAACACUGCAGUUGCUCUCCUUUUCUUCCUGCAGAUUAAAUUACUCCAAGAUCUGGGCCACAGGUAAGAAGAUUCUCAUUUUAAUUAGAAAACAGUGAAAGAGAGGACACAGAUUUGUAUAUACAUAUAUAGUUACUGCUUUAAGCAUUGCAUCAAAGGCACAAAACCAGUAAGAAAUACAAAAGGAUUUUAUAUCCUCAUUCCAAAUGUUUAAAUUUUCAAGCUCCAGCUACUGGCUAAUAUCUCUAAUUUAUUGUUCCCUGUGCAAAUGUUGUUUGUAUCAUAAGCCUUUCACAAAUGACUGACUUCAUAGCACUCUUCUGUUGACAAAUGUUCUUCCUGGCAUCCCAUGAGUGUCUGUACAAAUGCAUUAGUGUAAGGAAUGUGAAAAGGUAUUUUAAUAAAGAAAACUCUGAAUUGAA